AUGGGAAAUUCAAAUAGGUCCUUAGGGGACAUGUUUGGUAACACUUCACCUGAUUACUUGCCCUUUGAGUUUAGGGAUCUAGAAGUUGAUCUUGAGGCUGUUUGUACAUUUCUGUUGGUGGUGAUGGAGCUGGUAACAGCAGUGGAGCUUCACGAGCACUUGUUGAAGAUCUUCAAUGGUCAGUUUGAAGAGCUUCAUCAAAGACAAUCUCAAUGGACCGUUCCUGACACAGAGCUUAGAGAAUCUCUCAGAGUUGCAGUUGUUGAAGUCUUGUUGCCUGCAUACAGAUUUUCCAUUAAAUGUUUUGGGGCACUUGUUGAGAAUGGGAAGAAUCCCGAUAAGUACAUAAGGUAUUCAAUAGAGGAUCUUGACCAGAUGCUUUGUGAAAUUUUCGAGGGUAAGACUUUGAACGAAGCAAGACGAUAG